CAGUCAUGGCCGAGACGGAUGGUCGGCCGAGUGGCCGCGGUUUUGCGGCUCCCAGGGCGGCCGGGCUCCUCACCCUCGUACUGUGUGUCAGCGCCCUGCAGCUUGCCCUCACCAUCGGUUUCAUCUGUUACAUCCAAAGCCAGUGGCUGCAGAAGAAUGUCGGUGGAAUCUCUGAAGAGUUCUUUCAGUGCCUGAGACUGAUUUCAGAUUUUAAUAGUGGUACACCAAAUGCGUCGGAAGCAGAAAUGCAGGUCGUCUCCAAGUCCUGCUCACAACAACUACAAGGACUGAAGCAACUCGUCAAGCAGGUGGUACACCCUAUUCCAGACAGAACAGGACACAGAGGGGAAUUAUCAAGUCACAAAAAGGGUUCACAGCGAAUGGCACCAUAUGCCCAUCUCACCAUAAAGAAACCUACAAAAUCCUCCUCAGGUAUCAUGACCAGUUUUCCUGGAUUAAAAGGCAAACUCAUAACAUCCUGGGAAGAGAAGGUGGGAGUUGCACACCUGAGAGAGAUGGGCUACAGCCACGGGUCCCUGCGUAUCAACCACCAUGGCUUGUACUAUAUUUACGCACAGAUUUUGUUUCGGUAUCAUGCCGACCAUCCCAUAAGUACCAGGGAGUACCAGCUGAUUCAGUACGUGUACAGGAAGAUAGCCAAGUACCCAAAGCCAACUCUCAUCCUGCGAGGAGCGAGCACCUGGUGCUCGGGUAACCAUAACCUCUAUUCAGUUUAUCAAGGUGGCGUGUUCAACCUGCAGACUGAUGAUGAGAUCUUUGUGACUGUCUCAAACGUUUCAUUAGUCGAUAUCGACGAGGCAUCCAGCUACUUGGGAGCAUUCAAACUCGAUUAACUUGUGAUAUUUUUGGCACCUUCAGGCUUUAAUCUUCAAAUACUGUAGAGUCAGCACUGUAAUGUUGAUAUUAUCAGCACCUUCUGAACUGAAAAGUUCCUCGCUUGAAUGUAGAAAUUAAACAGUGGCUUUUGUAUCCUUUAAGAGUAUCUAUGUCACCAUGGCAUAGUGGUUAGCACGAUGCUAUUACAACCGGGUGGGCGGGAAGGGUGGCUCUGGGGUUCAGAGUUCAAUUCCGGUGCCGUCUGUAAGGAGUGUCUGUACGUCCUCCCCGUGGAAUGUGUGCGGUUUCCCCCAGGUGGCUUUGGUUUCCUCCUACUGUUCAAAGACGCCCAUGUACUGGGUAGAUUGUAAAUCGCCCAGUGAUUAGGUUGGGGUUUAAUCGGGGUUGCUGGUGCAGCGUGCCUUGAAAGGCCUGGAAAGGCCCACUCCGCACUGUAUUGCUAAAUAAAUAGAUUGAGAAUCACGGACAGAAUCCAGCACCGUGACUGAUCAAUGAAUAAGACAGUCCAGGGGAAUUGAGGACAAAACUGAAUUUCUAACAGGGUUUGGCCUCUGCCUUGCAGCUCCGGAGAGCUUGGUGAUGUACGUGUGGAGUUUGCACGUUCUCCUUGUGAUGACAAGGGCUUCCCUGGGCUCUUCCAUUUCCUCUCGUAGCCAAAAGAAAUGUGGGUGUAUAGGUCAAAUUACUGCUGUAAGUGCCCCUGGGCUAGAAUCUGGGGAGAACUGGUGAGAGUGCAGGGGGAACACAAAGAGGGUGAGUUUAAAUGAGUGGUUGCUGGUUAGUUAAGGAGAGUGGGCCGAACGGUUGGUUUCUGUUCAUCUGUGGGCUAUCCGGGAAGAGGCAGAAGCCAAUGGCAUUGCAAGGAAUGGAACACAACUUGCUUCCUGGUUGGACCAGCAGCAAGUUUGCUUGGUGGUGCCCCGUAACCCUCGAUCAAUGUGUGACAGGAAGUGGUGAUAGGAAGGGAGACUUCUACAGGAACUGGCUUUGUCCCGGAUGGAUGGCCACGGGUAAAUCUGAAGGCCUCACAGCACUGAGCUAACUCCAUUUGUCUCAGAGUCAGUAUUUAAUCAUGGUCCGACCACUGGUAGUGGUCAUAGAAAGCCCACAGCACAAUACAGGCCCUUUGGCCUACAAAGCUGUGCCGAACAUGUCCUUACCUUAGAAAUUACCCAGAGUUACCCAUAGCCCUCUUUUUCUGAGCUCCAUGUACCUGUCCAGGAGUCUCUUAAAAAAACCCAAAUUCUGGGUUGUAUUCCAAAUCCUGUUUUUUUUUUGUAGCUCAGUGCAUAGUUGAUGCUCAGUGCCUUCACUCAUUUCAUCAAUAAGACGAGCCACAGAAUUAUUACUCAGAGGAAUUGAUUUUAAAAUACUGGAGGCAUUUCAGUAAUUGUAUGAGAUUUUCCACAAUUUGCUAUCAUUUUGGAAAUGUUAUAAGAAGCAAUGAGACCACUAUCAAGGUCAUUUUUAGCUUUCUUGGCAAAUGAUUUAAGUGUGCAUUGCUUUUCAAAUGCUUCUUUCAUCUUCUGGAGCAUAAGUGGCCUUUUCAGUGUAUCAGAUGUUCUUGAGCUGUGAUCCACAUGGCUGCAUCACGGAUUAUCAAAGUAUCCCAGCACUCAGAUAGUGAAGCUUCUGUUAUCGCUAUGCCUUGGCUUUCACCCCCACCUCUGCAAUUUCCCUGCAUGUUUGCUUUUCAGAGUCCUUCCCAUGAGGCAGCAGCCUACAGAACAAACCCACCUCUAAUGUUUCUUAACUCUAAACUGUUCAGCUGUACUUGCUGGAAGAGUGACCAGUUGUACUUAAGUUAACAUUGUUCGAUUGCUCUGCAGCAAGACACAGCUUGUGUCCCACAUGGGGCACUGGUUUAAGGAGAGAGGGUAAACAUUGAAAAGGUUGCUGAGGGGCAUAGAAAGUAUUUGGCAUAAGGAAUGAGCUGCCAGAGGAAGUGGCAGGAGAAGAUAUAGAAGACCAUGGCACAGGAGCUGAAUUAGGCAGUUUGAGCCUUUAAAUCUACUCUGCUCUUCCAUCGUAGCUGAUUUAUUAUCCCUCUCAGCUCCAUUCUGCCUUGUCCCAGUAACACUUGAGGUGCCGAUUAAUCAAAUUUAUCAACUUCCACUUUAAAUAUACCCAGUGACUUUGUCUCCACAGCUGCCACCCUCUGCAUAAGAAAUUCUUCCACGUCUCUGUUCCAAAGGGAGAUCGUCCUAUCCUGAGGCUGUGCCCUCUAGUCCUAGACUCCUCCACUAUAGGAAACCUCCUUUACAUAUCCAUUCUAUCUUGGCCUUUCAAUAUUCAAUAGGUUUCAAUGAGAUACCCCUCAUUCUUCUAAACUCUGGCGAGUACAGGCCCAGAGCCAUCAAAUGCUCCUCAUACAUUAACCCUUUCAUUCUCAGGAUCAUUCUUGUGAACCUCCUUUGGAACCUCUCCAAUGUCAGUACCUCUUUUCUUUUAGAUAAUAGGCCCAAAAGUGUGAUCUGACCAAUUCCCGAUAAAGCCUCAGCAUUACAUCUUUGAUCUUAAGGUACGAUCUCAUCCUCGCAAAAUGAACAAAUUGCAUUCACCUUCCUUACGACUGACCCAACUUUCAAGUUGACCUUUGGGGUAUCCUGCAUGAGGACUCCGAAGUCCCCUUGCACUUCUUUUUUCUGUAUUUUCUCCUUGUUGAGAAAAUAGUCUAGGCCUUUAUUCCUUCUACCAAAGUGCAUUACCAUAUACUUCCCUACACUAUAUUCCAUCUGCCUCUUCUUUGUCCAUUCUCCUAAUCUAUCUAAGUCCUGCAGACUCACUGCUUCCUCAACACCACCUGCCCCUCCAUCUAUCUUUGUAUCAUCUGCAGAACUGACCACAAAGCCAUCAAUUCUGCCAUCCACUGACAUACAAUGUGAAAAGAAUUGGUCCCAACCAACCCAUGUGGAAAUCUACUAGUCACCAGCAGCCAACCAGAAAAGGCCUCCUUUAUUCCCGAUCUUUGCCUCCGGCGUCAGUCAAUCAUUAUCCAUGCUGAUAUCUUUCCCCACUGUAAGAGCCCAUGGUAUUAUCAUGUUAAGCAGUUCAUCUGUGGCACCUUGUCAAAGGCCUUCUGAAAAUCUAAGUGAACUCUUCUUUAACUAUCCUCCCUGUUAAUUCCUUAAAAAAAUUCCAACAGAUGUUUCAGCCAAGAUGUUCCUUUGAGGGAACUGUGCUGACUGCAGCCUAUUUUAUCAUGUGCCUUCAAGUAUCCUGAAACCUAGUCCUUGAUAAUGGACUUUAACAUCUUCCCAACCACUGAGUCAAACUAACUGGCUUAUAACUUCCAGUCUUUUGCCUUCCUCCCUUAAAGAGUAGAGUGACAUUUGUAAUGAUGUUUAAAGGAUAUUUAGACAGGUAAGUGGAUAGGAAAGUGUUGUGUAAUUAAUAUUUCAAUAAUAUUUAGUAAUCUUGUAUAGAGAUAUAUACAGUGUUUGAUUAAGCAUUCUUGUUUAAAUAAUUCAUUACAGUUGUAUGUAAAAAUACAUUAAUUGCAUACGUCAUAGUGCUACUAUGUGAUACGUGUGUGCUUCGCUUAAAGUAAACUUGAACUACACCCAUAUUUUAAGACUCCCAGUGUCUUCCUUUGAAUUAGUUUAAUGUUACAAAACAUAACAUUGGUGACAGGGUAUUUUAAAAAUGAGACGGCUAUCGACUUGUUAAAGCAGAGAGAGACAUUCAAAUUAAACAAAAGCCCAGCAUGUGGAGAGACCUCUUCGGAAGGAAAGGCAUGAUAGAGAUUUUUUUUAAAAGUCAGAAAAUAGAAGAAUUUGGGGUUCAUGAAAAGUGAGUACUGGGUAAUGCUAAUCAUUUUAAAAAGAAAAUCAGAAAUGGCUGGCUACAUUGGAAAAUUGACAAGUUUGAUUACACAAUAGGUAAUUAGCUCAUGUAUACUGAACUAUUGGAACAGUAUUUUGAAGCAAAUGAAAUAACCAGUGAGAAAUGAGUACCAAUUUUGCGAAGUCCACCAGAGAAAGCAGGAUCUCCCAGUGGCCACACAUUUUAAUUCCACAUCCCAUUCCCAUUCUGACAUGUCUAUCCACGGCCUCCUCUACUGUAAAGAUGAAGCUACACUCAGGUUGGAGGAACAACACCUUAUAUUCCAUCUGGGUAGCCUCCAACCUGAUGGCAUGAACACUGACUUCUCAAACUUCCACUAAUUCCCCACCUCCCCCUCGUACCCCAUCUGUUAUUUAUUUAUAUACACACAUUCUUUCUCUCUCUCUCCUUUUUCUCCCUCUGUCCCUCUGACUAUACCCCUUGCCCAUCCUCUGGGUUUUUCCCCCACCUCCCUGGGCCUUCUGUCCCAUGAUCCUCUCAUAUCCCUUUUGCCAAUCAACUGUCCAGCUCUUGGCUCCAUCCCUCC